GCGGGCUGUCGACCCGGGGCAAUUCUUACUCCAACAACCCAGCGAGUUACAGAUACUGUCCAGUCCCUCCGAGCACUUGCGUCGUGGUGGUAUUGAUACCCGUCCUUGUAGUGCUGAGAAUGUCUGUAACGUCUUACAUCUCCCUCAUCAUCCAAGAUGGAAUAUAUGCCCGGUUUGCAGAAUGAACUAGACGACUUGAAGCCGUCGCUGUUUGAGCUUCUAGCCGAGCAGCAACUUUCGUCUCUUCUCCCUCCAUCGAUUCGUUACCUCCUUGCCGUUGCGACACACCGACACCCUCGGUACUUGCUCCGAGUGCUCAACAAUUUCGAUGAGCUUUAUGCACUUUUGUCACUUCUAGUCGAGCGCUACUACCUCCGCGCGUUCGGAGGAUCAUUCACGGAAAACUUCUACUCCCUCAAACGUGAACGUGUCGCCUUUACGAAGAAUGGAGAGAUACCACGUGCUCAGAUGGGCGCUGCGGCACCUGUUCGGGAAACCUUAAGAUUGCGCACAGCUGACGUUUGGAAGAACCUGGUGGUUAUGGUGGGACUGCCAUAUCUAAAACGGAAGCUCGAUGAAAGUUACGAUAUCCAUGUUGCGCCACAAGCUUCGUCACUGCUUGGUGGACCUCGAUAUAAUCCUAACGACGGGCUUCCAGCAAACCCGACAGUCAAGCAGCGCUUUAUGUUUUAUUACAAAUGGUUCUUGCGGAAUAUGUACCCGUCUGUGAACGCGGCUUAUUACUUCUCGAUUGUGGCAUUCAACUUAGCCUACCUCUUCGAUAAUACAAAAUACUCAUCGCCGUUUCUUUGGCUUAUCGGCACGCGUAUUCGCCGACUUGGUCCUGCCGACCAUCGUGCGAUUGCAAGUAUACUUGAAGCAAAGCCAAGCAGCAACAACGUUCGUCAGCAACAGCAGCGGCCUGGCUCUGCCUUUCUUGGUUUGUUAAGCCCGCAGAACCUCUACCCUCAAGCAUUAUCAUCCUUGCGAUAUUUGCUGCCAGUAUCCAUCUUCGCACUAAAGUUCCUCGAAUGGUGGCAUGCAAGCGACUUUUCGCGACAGCUUGCCCGUAAAGCUACCGAAAACCUAGAUCUCCCAGCCCCCGUUGUCACUGGCAUGACCGAUCCCUCUCACAAGAAGACAGCACAACCACCAUCCUCAGCUACAUCCUCUACCUCGAACCUCAAACCGGCCCUGAAGAAGUCCUCUUCCCACCACCAACCGCCAGUCUCAUCGACAUCUUAUUUACCAAUCUUCACAGUCCCGUUGCCAACAGCAGAUUCAGGCAGUGCUAGUGCAUGUCCUAUAUGUUUGAAUCCACUCACAAACCCUACAGCAUGUCAAACUGGAUACGUGUUCUGCUAUAGUUGUGUUUUCCAUUGGUUGAAUGGCGAACAUGAACGUCAGAUGGACUUUAUGAACGAAGGAAGAGGCAAUGAGAAGGACCAAAGCAGCCAGGAAGAAGACGAAGUGGCGGCAACAUCAAGCAAGACUAAUAAGAGUAGAGAAGGCAGGUGGGAAAGCGGUAAGGGAAGAUGUCCUGUCACAGGCAGGAGAGUACUCGGGGGUACGGAUUGUUUGAGAAGAGUUUUGGUUUGAGGAUGGAUAUUCAGACUUUAUUGGCUGUCUCUCCAUUAGUGUAAUAAUUGUAUCUAUUCGCAUACAGUAUACCCUAUUGUAUAUUGAAAGGUUUACAUUCAAAGUAUUCUC